GAGGAUAAUUGAUUUAGAUGCAUCUUAUUUAUAGUUUACAUAUUCCCAAACUUGUCUGAAAUCCCUUCUCGAGCAAGUGAUCUUUAGAUAGAUUGCACAAGAGUGCGUUUACGAUAAAGUUUGCACAUGCGUUCUGCAUCUCUUCGUUUACUUCAUGUCUCACGCCGUCGAAUGACUUGAACAUAAUGAGAGACGCGUCGUCAUCUGCAUACAACUCGUUCAAUUUACUCAGAAAUCCUAACUGAUGCUGAGGAGACACUAACUUAUCAUCGCUACCGCUCAAAGCCAUUAUUUUCUUGCCUUUCCAAACAUCAGUGGAACUGGCUAGAGAUGCCAUGGGGUCAUACUUCUUGAUCAACUGUUUGAAAGUCUCUGGUGGGUUGAGAUCGACAUUGUGUUUUCGUGCUCUUGGCUGCAUCAAAGAGAGGUAAUCAGCACAGGCGAUUAAUGGUGCACCGACUGAUAUUCUCUCAUCCUGUCGCAGAGCCAUCCAUGUCGCGUGUCCACCGAGACUUGAACCAACACAACCAAAAUCAACGACGUUUUGCUCGUUAUUUGGGAAUAAAAAGGAGGGUAAGUAAUCUAUCAAAUAACUAACGUCUCUAGAGGUACCCUGCUGUAUCGAGAACAUGUCAAACAAGUGAUUUGGGUUCUUUGGCCAUCCCUGAUUCUGUAGAUCGCUGAGGUGCCUGCUACCAUGAUUACGCUGGUCAAAAGUGACGGCUAUCAAGUUACGUGUUCUCUUAUCAGACUCGUUGGCUACGCUUACACACUUUGUCGCUAUCAAACGCUGUCGAAUACCAUCUUGAGAUUCUCCACGUCCAUGUAAGAUGAAUACUAUGGCUAGAUCCCUCUUUGGUUGUUUGUUUAAGUUAUCUAAACCGUAUAUAAUAGAUUUUAUACCGCCAACAUUUAUUUCCAUCCUGAUUGUAAUAGAUUAAGACCUUACAGCUCAGCAGUGAUCAUCAGAUGUCAGUAAACUCAGGAAUUCAACCAACAGCUGCAUUAGCGAGGGAGUUCGAAGAUGCUAAUACAUUUACUUCUACGACGCGUUGUAUAAAAGUAGAGAUACAAGAUGAACAGUUGAAAUCAACCCAUAAAACAGAAAUAAAGGGUGAUGAGAAUGUAGAUUAUGCAGAAUUAUAUAAGAUUCUAUCGCAGAAUAUACCCGCUUUCUUAUUAUUUAAACAGGAUAACAAAAAGUUCAGAAUUAUACAUUACGCACCUGAAUCUGCCUCAAUUAAGGAUAAAAUGGUUUAUUCUAGUUCACGCGCGUCUUUAGAGAAACAACUGGGAUCUCAGUUCUUUAUAAAGACCGACUUCAUUGACGAUAUCAAGCAGUUCAGCGACGAUGCUAAUGCGGAGAGCCAUCCAUUUAAGGUUGUCGAGGAAGCUGAUAAACCAUACUCAGAGCGUGAGAAGCGCCUUAACGAGAUAGACAACCUUAUCAAGUCAUCCACCAGCUUGUCAAAAGUUACCCAGUCUAUUAAGUUCGGAUGGAAUGACGACGUUACUCAGGCACUCAAUGGUAUUGUCAAUGGUGAGCACAACUUUGUGCAGUGUGCUAUCGAUAUCAAAACAGAGACAAUCAUCCUUGAAGAUAAGAAGGAUGUUGAGUUGAGCAACCUCAAAGAGAACAUAUCUACAGUUGAGCCAAGGUACACGAUAUUCAAGAUGACUAAUGGCCAAUACAUCUUCGUGUAUACAUGCCCACCUAACUCGAACAUCAAAUCAAGGAUGCUCUACAGCUCAUCGGCUACAAACUUCCCAAGCUCGAUACAAACUGCAUUUGCGAUCAAUAUCAAGAAAAAGUUUGAGACGAACGACCCGAGUGAGCUCACAGAGGGACACAUUACCGCGGAGCUUAAUCCGACGACUGCUGGUAGUAUGACAGCCGAAAUAAAGUUUAAUAAACCGCGUGGACCUGCGAAUAGAAGACGAGUAAUUUAUAAUUAAUUUUAUACAUUUUUUUGCUUUCGGAGUUG